CAAUUGCCCCAGACCACUAAUUAACAGCAAGUAAUUAACCAUCUAGGCACCUUAGGCAAUUGCCUUGCCCAAUCUUCAGCUAUGUGGAAUUCAUUCGCGUAUUUCAAUCUUCCUCAAGACUUCAUCGGCGCGUUCCUCGUCUCCCAAUUCACGACCCUGCCCUACCCCGAAACAGACUUCAGCGGCAAGACACUCAUCGUAACCGGAGCGAACACAGGUCUUGGACUCGAGGCUGCACGACACUUCGUACGACUCGGAGCUUCCAAAGUGAUCAUCGGCUGUCGAAGUGUUGAGAAGGGAGAAGUUGCAAAGAAAGACAUCGAAGGGAGCACGAAGCGGAGCGGGGUGGUGGAGGUUUGGCAGGUCGACCUCAGUUCGUACGAGAGCGUCAAGCAGUUCUGUAGUCGAGCACAGAAGUUGGAGAGGCUGGAUAUAGUGACCGAGAAUGCUGGACUUGCUACACCAAAAUACGAAGAGGUGGAGGGAAUGGAGAGCACGAUCACUGUCAAUGUGGUCUCAACAUUCUUGAUGGCAUUGUUAUUACUCCCGAAGCUACGAGCUGAUGCCAUCAAGCACAACAUCUUGCCACGGCUCACUAUCGUGGCUUCAGAUGCUCAUGAACAGGCCGUCUUCAGAGAGCAAUCGGCACCUCACAUCUUCAAUGCCCUCAAGUCCCCCAGGUACCAAUUCGACAAAUACAAUACCUCCAAACUCCUCGAGAUCCUCACGAUCCGCGAGCUUGCUCCCGCCAUGACAGCCUCCAGAAAGCCGAAAGUGAUAUUGAAUACGUUAACGCCUGGAUUCUGCUAUUCAGAGUUAAUGAGACAUACUGUUUUCCCGCUGAAUCUGCUUGCUUGGGUCGGAAAGAGGUUGAUUGGAAGGUCGACGGAGAUGGGAAGCCGGACCUUGGUGACUGCCGCGAGUGCGGGUGAAGAGAGCCACGGUAAGUACAUGACGGAUUGCUUGGUACGUGAGCCGAGUAAGUGGGUUAGGAGUGAGGAGGGGAAGGAGGCACAGCAGAGAGUUUAUAAAGAACUGCUCAUGAUAUUGGAAGAGAUCGAGCCCGGUGUAACAAAAAAUAUUUGAUGGUCGGGAGGGAAGGUACGUGUAUAAUUAUCCGGCAAGAAUGAAGCUCCGAUAGAUUUUCUCAUCCACUUCUCCUCCAGGUCUUCUUCCCUACAAAGGCUGCUCCUUCUCGCCCGAACUUCCCUGUCCGUUCCCUAACUACUCCCUUCACCUCAUUCCAGGUUCGGUUUUCUCCAGGCGAGUCCCAAUCAUUCCAUGUUAGAGUUUCGGCUCCA